GGUAAAUCUCACUACGAGCCCUGCUUUCAAACCAUUAGAACAACAACAGCAGCUGCAGGAGGAGGAGCAAAGAAAAGAUGGGAAAAGCUGAGAUUACAGAGGAGGUGGAAGGAGAUCGCGUGGGAACCACCGAUUACUACUUCGACAGAAUCGGCGAACCUCUCUCUAUCAAGGGAGACAACUCUCACUACGAUCUCGAAAACCCUCCCUCUCAGCCUCUCGCUCUCUCCCAACGCCUCGGCUUAGUUUUCAUCGCACAUUCCUCCGGGUUUAUUGUCGGAAAGACAAAGGAUGUAAUAUCUGCUUCCAAGGAAAGUAGUAAGGUUUGUAUCCAGGAGAUAGCACUUGUGGAUGUUCCUGUUGGGGACGUUCGUAUAUUGUCUCUCUCUGCUGAUGAUUCGUUCCUCGCUGCCUCCGUCGCUGCUGAGAUUCACUUCUUCUCUGUGGAUUCACUUCUUAACAAGGAUGCAAAGCCUUCGUUUUCUUAUUCGCCUGAUGAGUCGGGAUUUGUUAAGGAUUUUCGGUGGACAAGGAAAGAUAAACGUUCUUAUCUUGUUCUUUCAAACCAUGGGAAGCUCUUUCAUGGAGUUGAUAGUGCACCCCCUACACAUGUUAUGGAUGGUGUUGACGCCGUUGAAUGGAGUUCAAAAGGGAGUUAUAUUGCUGUGGCUCAAGAUAAUAGCCUGCGUAUUUUGUUGUCAAAGUUUAACGAGAAGCGGUGCAUAGCAUUAUCGUUUGACUCAUGGAUUGGUGAUUCUGAUGAAAACUGUGUUGUGAAAGUUGAUUCUAUCAGAUGGGUCCGCCAGAACUGUAUUCUUCUCGGAUGCUUUCAGCUGAUUGAUGGCAUGGAAGAAAAUUACCUCGUUCAGGUUAUCAGGAGUCCAGAUGGGAAGAUUACUGAUGGUUCGUCUAAUCUGGUUGCUUUAUCAUUCUCUGAUUUGUUUCCAUGUUCAAUGGAUGAUCUUGUUCCGGUUGGUGUUGGACCUCAUUUGCUCUUUAGCUACGUAGACAAAUGCAAACUGGCGAUCACAGCAAACAGGAAGAGCAUAGAUGAGCAUAUUGUUUUGCUUAAUUGGUCACCUAGUGAUGAUGAAAGUGCAGUUUCCGUUAUUGAUAUUGACCGAGAGACCUUUUUGCCAAGGAUUGGGCUCCAAGAAAAUGGAGACGACAACAUGAUCAUGGGACUCUGUAUAGAUAUGGUUUCUGUUGAGGGGACCGUUAAUGUCCGUUCCGGAAAUGAUGAACUACAAGAACUCCCUCCAUUUUGUGUUCUCGUGUGCCUCACUUUGGAAGGAAAGCUGGUCAUGUAUAAUGUUGCUAGUGUUUCAGGACUUCCAGCUUCAUCUGAUGUUGAUUUGGCUUCUUCUUCUUCUUCUGAUAUAGAAGAUGCUUAUGCCCCUUCAAUUGGAGAUGAUCGUCUUGGACAAUCUUCUGAAGAGUCUGAACAACAACAAAAUUCUAAUGUUGUGGUACAAAAAGAACAGAAGAACCUCAACUCAGAGAAUUCAGUUUCUCAGUUGCACACCGAACAAAGGUUCCCAAAUGAAGAAAUUUCUAAGAAAGAAAAUGUGUCUGUAAAAAGUUUAGUAACUGGGGACAACAACGUGAAACAAGAACUCUAUGCUGGAUCAUUACAAGCUGUAGAUGGUCAACAAAGCAUAAUUCCUAGGCAGUUCGGAACAAGUUUUGGGCAACCUUCUUCGUCCUUAGGAAACGAAACCAACAAAUUUGCAGGAUUCAGUCAUAUCUUCCCUGUUCCUGAUAAACCUCAGAAAGACAUAUCGGAGCAGUCUAAGUCUAUGAAUUUUCAGACCAGUUUUGGUUCAAAGAGUACACCUGGCUUAUUUGCAUUUUCGGACCCUCAGAACGCUAGUGUUACGCCACCACAAAAUACACCAGCUCGGCUAUGGUCAAAUGGGAAAGGCGUCUCACCUCCAAGUUUUGGCUCCAGUCUGUUUCCAUCGGUGAAAGAUACUCAGCAAAAGCAAGCUGAAAAGACUGGAACUGGUUAUGUGAAUCCUCCGACGAGCAUCAAAGAGAAGCCUGUACAAGCUAUUGAGACCGCUAGAGCAGCAGCGCUGAGCAUUCUAACUCCUCCGCUAGGCCAAAGUCAGGACGCUGAUGAAGGGGUAGAAAAAAUCGAGCCCCUACCGUCUAUCCGUGCUUCUCAAUUGUCACUACAAGUGAAAUCUUCCUUCGAAAAGUCCUCUAAUCAUCAGCAGCACAAAACUCCGCUCAGUGCUGGACCUCUGAGAUUUGAGCAAAACAUGUCAAAGCAACCCAGUAAUAUAAAUGAGAUGGCCAGAGAAAUGGAUGCCCUUUUACAGUCCAUUGAAGGACCAGGUGGUUUCAAGGAUUCUUGCACCUCAUUACUUAAAAGUCAUAUUGAAGAAAUGGAGCAAGGGCUUGAAAUUCUUGCUGCCAAGUGCCAAACGUGCGAGAGCAUAACUCACGAACAGCAAGGAGAGAUCCAACAUCUUCUGGACAAAACAAUUCAAGUUUUGGCAAAAAAGACAUACAUGGAAGGCAUGUAUAAGCAAACUUCUGAUGACCAGUAUUGGCAACUUUGGAACCGCCGGAGGUUGAGUCCUGAGCUUGAAGCAAAGCGGCAGCAUAUUGUGAAACUAAACAAGGAUUUGACUCAUCAACUGAUUGAAUUAGAGAGAUAUUUUAAUCGGCUUGAACUGGAUCGCUACCAAGACGAUGGAGGAUUUCCUCUGGCCCGAAGAGGUGUGCCAAAUAAGUCUGCUCCUUCAAGACGUGUGCAAUCCCUUCAUAGCCUUCAUAACACAAUGAGUUCCCAACUGGCAGCUGCUGAGCAACUCUCUGACUGUCUCUCAAAACAAAUGACCUUUUUGAAAAUCGAUUCACCUGUCAAAAAGAAUGUGAAGCAGGAGUUGUUUGAGACAAUUGGGAUCGCUUAUGAUGCUUCAUUCAACUCGCCAGAUGCUGUAAAAGCCAACAAUGCUUCUUCAGCCAAAAACCUAUUACUCUCUUCGAUUCCUGCAAGUAUAAAUGCACAGUCAAGACAACGUCACUCAUCUGGUACGAAGAGUUCUGACCCUGAAACUGCGAGGAGGAGGAGAGAAUCAUUAGACAGGAAUUGGGCUGCUUUUGAGCCUCCAAAAACAACUGUCAAAAGGAUGCUUCUGCAGGAGCAACGGAAGACGGGUAUGAAUCAACAGACUUUGUCGAGUGAGAGAGUACGGCCCACAGUUAAUACACAACAGCAAUCACUGCUUCGCCUGAAAGAUCAUGCAUCACCUGUAGUCUCCUCGAAUAAGGGAAUAAUGAACUCAUUCCAACAAGACACAUCUGAAGUUCAGUCAACACCGUUCAAAUCAAGGCCAUCUAUGCCACAAUCUAACAGUCCCUUUACCCUCUCUCCAGUACCUGCAUCAAAGCCAAGUUUCAAUUGGUCUGGAAAUAAGUCAAACAGUAUAGCUUCCUAUGCUGAAGAACCUGUCCUGUCUCAGAGCAAUGACACAAAGGCACCGACUGUAUUUGAACAGGCAGAAAAGAAGGCUGGAGGAUUUAAACUUUUUGAAGGGAAGGCAAGUAUGUUUCCUGAUAGAGCUGCUGGAAGUGUGCAGCCGCUUACUGGUGCACCUGCAUCUAGUUUCCCUGUGCAAUCUCUGUUUGGUUUCAAUACCAGUGGCAGUAUCUCUGGUAAUAAAUUAACUUCUCCUGCUGCAACGGUAUCAGUUUCAUCUUCACCUUUGUCUAGCACGUCACUUGAUUCUGUUUCCCCCUUACCUACACCGUCAUCACCUUCAUUGCCAUCCCCUACGAAAGAUUCAGUUUCAGUUCCGACAUCUAUUCCCAUCAGCUCAGCAUCAGUCCCACAAACACGUUCGGUCGCACCUACAUCUACAGUUUCAGCUACGGGGAUCAGUGUUCCAUUUGGUAAAUCGUUGACCAGUGCCAGUUUAGAUCUCAAUAAAGCAGCUGCGUCAACACCUUCUCCAUCACCUGGCCCUGCAGCUGGUUUUUCUUUUAAGUUACCAGCUUCGUCUCCGUCUUCCCCUGAAAUUGUCUCAUCUUCAACAGGCCAAUCUUCGUUAUUUCCACCAUCUUCUACAGCAUCACAAGCGUCAACUAGUCUGGUCUCUGCAACCAAUUCCUUAACAGACAGUAAUCGUUUGUUUCCAUCAACCUCUUCAUCUUUAACUCCCCCUAUUACUUCUACCCCUCCUGGCGCGUUUAAGUUUCCUCAAGUUUCUACGCCGUCGUCUACUGUGUCCAUUACAGAGCCAGUCUCAGAACCUAAAAAACCAGAGGGUCAAAGUUCCUCAAUUCUAAGUACGGGAAGUACUGCAGACCCUGUAGCAAAGGCAACAACAUCAAAGACUGAGCUGCUGCCGGUGAAAAGUGAAAUUUCUACCUCAGAGACUACAGUAACAACUCCUGUCAGUUCAUCUGGGUUCCUUUCUGGAUUUUCAUCCGCAACACAGUCUAGUCCUGUAAGUAUGCCGCCUCCUUCAUUCAGUUGGCCUGGUAGUUCUCAGCCCCAACAGCCAUCGCCGACACCUGUCUCUUUCCCUGCAUCUUUUUCAACUUCCGCAAGUCCAUUGGGUGAGAAAACUGUAGAUACACAGGAAGAUGAAAUGGACGAAGAAGCUCCAGAGGCUAGCCAGACGACUGAACUUAGUAUGAGUGGUUUUGGAGGUUUUGGGCUUGGGUCAACUCCAAACCCGGCUGCUCCGAAAUCAAAUCCGUUUGGUGGUUCAUUUGGUAAUGCUACAGCAGCAACAAGUACUCCGUUCAAUAUGACAGUGCCCAGUGGCGAGCUAUUCCGACCUGCAUCAUUCAGUUUUCAAAAUCCUCAACCAUCUCAACCGACAGGUUUUGGUGGGUUUUCAACAACACCUUCUCAAACUCCCAGUCAGGGCGGAUUUGGCCAACCGUCGCAGAUUGGCGGAGGACAGCAAGCUCUAGGAUCGGUACUUGGUUCGUUUGGGCAGAGUAGGCAGAUAGGUGCUGGUCUCCCGGGAGCUACGUUUGGUUCUCCCACCGGAUUUGGUGGCUCUAACCCAGGAAGUGGCCUCCCAAAUGCACCAGCAUCUGGUGGGUUUGCAGGUGUUGGCUCUAGUGCCAGUGGUGGAUUUGCCGCCAUGGCGUCUUCGGCUGGUAGGGGAUUCGCAGGGGCUUCUACUAGUCCAACAGGUGGAUUCGCUGGCUUAGCCUCAGGCAGUGGUGGUUUCGCGGGUGCUGCUCCAGGAGGAGGUGGUGGAUUUGGUGGACUUGGUUCAGGAUCCGGAGGGUUUGGAGGCUUUGCUCCUCCUAAUAGUGGAGGUUUCGGAGCAUCAGGAGGUGGUGGUUUUGGAGGUUUCGCUGGCCAAGGACAAGGGCAAGGGCAAGGCGGUGGUGGUGGGUUCGCAGCCUUUGGUGGCAACACGGGAGGAGGAGGAAAGCCAUCGGAGCUCUUUACACAGAUGAGAAAAUGAGACAUACAUAUCUGUGCAAUGCAAGAAAAGUGUCUCAUCUUCACUUAGAUCUAAUCACGGUCUCAAGAAAGUUGUUACUCUAUCAAGUCGUAUGCUAUCUAGAUAAUGAUUGUGUGUUUGUUGUGGACACCUUUUGUUUUAAUUGAAAGGUAGUUAUGUUAGUGAGCCCAUGCUGACUGAACUCUCACGUGGCUUAAUGCCUUUGAUAAUGGCUAAUGCUACAUUACAAUUGCGCUUUUUCAUGAUUGUGAAAGCCAAUUUGGCUUAUUUAUAUGUAGAUGUCUAUUAUUAUUUAAUCUAGUAGUCA